CGGGGCGGGUCGGCGCCUUUGUGUGAGCCGGGCCGGGAUGGUGCGGGGCGCCGGGCGGAGCCCCUUGCCCUGCCAAUUCCUGCUCCCGCCGCGGAUGAGAGCGUGAAGGCCGAGCUGACGAGCAGAAAGGGCUCCUGAAGCAGCUGCUAAGAUGGGCAUGAGGAUCAAGCUGCACAGCACCAACCACCCCAACAACCUGCUGAAGGAACUCAACAAGUGCCGCCUCUCCGAGACCAUGUGCGACGUCACCAUCCUGGUGGGCUCCCGCUCCUUCGCUGCCCACAAGGCCGUGCUGGCCUGUGCUGCUGGCUACUUCCAGAACCUCUUCCUCAACACGGGGCUGGACGCUGCCAGGACCUACGUGGUGGAUUUCAUCACGCCGGCCAACUUUGAGAAGAUCCUGAGCUUUGUGUACACCUCGGAGCUCUUCACCGACCUCAUCAACGUGGGGGUGAUCUACGAGGUGGCGGAGAGGUUGGGCAUGGAGGAUCUGCUGCAGGCUUGUCACUCCACCUUCCCUGACCUGGAGAGCUCGGCCAUCACCAAGCAGCCUGCUCUGUCAGUGGGGGAAGGCAGGGCUGGGGUGCUGGGCAGCACCUCCUCGGAGCAGAGCCACCCUUUGGGGGACAUCCGGGGUGGUGUGGAGCAUUUUGGCCCCGAGAGGAGUUAUCUCCUGCACGGGGACGUGGUGGGAAGCUACAAAGAGGAUGAGAGGAGUGCUGUGGGUGAGGCCAGCCAGGCUCUUCCCCUGAUGCACCCACAGCAGCCUCCCAAGACAGAGCAGGAGUCUGAUGCAGGACAAUUCACUCCAGUCGCGGGUCUGGGGGCUCAGCCUGGUGGGAAUGCCAUGGCACAAACCACUGGCAGCUCCUGCCCUCAGUUCAAGGCCCAGAGCAAUGGUGACUACAGCAAGGGUGGCUUCUUCCCCACUGACCCCUCCCUGGAUGUCUCCACGGGGAGCAAUUCCUGCCCCAGCAACAGCGACCACUCCAAAGAGCAGGGAUUCGAGCAGAUGGAUGAGCUCCAGCUGGAGGAUUUGGGGGAGGCCGAGCUGCAUUUUGAGGAUGCUGGAGAAGAGCUGGUGCCAUCUGAGGAGGUGAUUGAGCUCAGUGAUGACAGCGAGGAGGAGCUGGCCUUUGAGAGCGACAGCCGGGACAGCAAGGCCAUGCCCUGCCAGGUGUGCAAGAAGGUUCUGGAACCCAACAUCCAGCUGAUCCGCCAGCACGCCAGGGACCACGUGGACCUGCUCACGGGGAACUGCAAGGUGUGCGAGACCCACUUCCAGGACCGUAACUCCAGGGUGACCCACGUGCUGUCCCACAUUGGCAUCUUCCUCUUCUCCUGUGACAUGUGCGAGACCAAGUUCUUCACCCAGUGGCAGCUGACGCUGCACCGGCGGGACGGGGUCUUCGACAACAACGUCAUCGUCCACCCCAGUGACCCCCUCCCGGGGAAAGUGGCUGUUUUUGGGGGAGGGCCCGGCCCUGAGCUGGCCUGUGCUGCCUGUGGGAAGCCCUUGGCCAAAGAUUUCCACACGGUGCGGAACCACCUGCUGGAGCACGUGAACCUGAAGAGCCAAACGUGCGGCGUGUGCGACCAGCGGCACCUGAGCCUCUGCAGCCUGCUGUGGCACGCCCUGUCCCACCUGGGCAUCUCUGUCUUCUCCUGCUCAGUGUGUGCCAGCAGCUUUGUGGACAGGCAGCUCCUGGAGAAGCACCUGGCCGUGCACCAGCACGUGGAGGAGGCUCUUUUCCAGUGCCACUUCUGCAGCCAGAGCUUCAAGCUGGAAGCCGCUUACCGCUACCACGUCAGCCAGCACAAGUGUGGGGGCAGCCUGGACAUCAGGGCAGGGUUUGGGGAGCGCCUGCAGCCGCAGGGGCUGCCCAAGAGGAAGCUGCCCGAGGAGUUUUUGAGCGAGGAUCUGGCUCUGCAGAGCCAGCCGGGGAACAGCAAGUACAGCUGCAAGGUUUGUGGCAAGAGGUUUGCCCACACCAGCGAGUUCAACUACCACCGGCGCAUCCACACCGGGGAGAAGCCCUACCAGUGCAAGGUGUGCCACAAGUUCUUCCGAGGGCGUUCCACCAUCAAGUGUCACCUGAGGACACACUCGGGGGCCCUGAUGUAUCGCUGCACGGUGUGUGGCCACUACAGCUCCACGCUCAACCUGAUGAGCAAGCACAUAGGGGUGCACAAGGGCAGCCUCCCGCCCGACUUCACCAUCGAGCAGACUUUCAUGUACAUCAUCCAUUCCAAAGAGGCUGAGAAAAACACGGAUAGCUGAUGGGGAAGAAGAGAUGGAGGAGGAAAAAGGAAAGGAAAGGAAAAAAAAAAAAAGCAAGUUGUUUCGUUUUAUUUAAUGGUCAGGCAUCAUGGAUGGAAUUUUGGUUUUGGUUUGAUUUUAUUUUUUUUUUUUAAUUAUUAUUUUUGGGCCUUCCUAGGGCUUUUUAGAUUGGUGGAGUUGUACAAAUUAACAGCACGUGAGGUACAUCACUGUUUCAAGGAGUCUGUCGUGUUUACUUACCUCUGGUCCUGUUAGAGGCCAUCUGUGCUAUUAGCAUUUCUCACUAGUUUUUGCGCCUAGAUUCUAUUUUUUUUUUUAAACCUUUUAGCCCACUUGACCAGGCUAAGCUUGUCCACAAACUGAUGCUGCUAAGAUUUUCACACCUGACCUCAGUGGAGAGGGACAAGAGCCAGAGCAGGCGCUGGACUCGAAAGGAAAGGAACAAAAGAGAAAGAAAAAGAGGAAAAAAAAAAAAAAAAAAAAGGAAAGGAAAAAAGACAUUCUGGGCAUCCGUGGUGCUCUGCUGCUACUGCCAGGAGAGGAGCAAAGUGUGCUCUGGGGAGAGGAGCAGGAAGCACCUGAGUGUGUAAACAAGGAGGGAUCCCAGCAGGGAUCAAGGAGCAGGAGAUUCACAAACAAGGAGGGAUCAGGAGCAGGGAAUUCACAAACAAGGAGGGAUCAGGAGCAGGGAAUUCACAAAGAAGGAGGGAUCAGGAGCAGGGAAUCCACACAUUCCCACGUUUGCUCUGCUGUGCCCUGAGACCUUGGAGAGGAGGAGCUGAAGGAGCCCCAGGACCUCCGUGCAGAGGUAGAGGUGGCUGUGCGAGCACGGAGAUCUCCUGCAGGAUUGGAGAGGGAGGGGAGGAAUCUCCCUGCUCCUUUUCGGGGUGAUUUGUGGUGGCCACAGAGAGCCAGGACUGUCCUGGCAGUGCCCUGGGCAGGUGAGUCAGGAUGAAGCUGUUGCCUUAACUCCCUGGAAGGAGGAGGAGGAGGAGGAGGAGGAGGGAGGACCCUUCUCCUCCCACACCCUGGACAAACCUGUGUUCCUGUGGCAAACCCGCGUGCUUGGAGUGAUGUGAGUUUGUUUGUUCGUGGAGUGGGAGCCACGGCGAUGGCUGGGCACUUCUGGGGGGGGGCUUCCCUGGGUUUGGGGGGCUCCCCUGGGCAUGGAGGGGCUCUUCUGGGUGUGAGGAGCUCUCCUAGGUGUGGAGGGGCUCCCCUGGGUGUUGGGGGACAUGGAGGGGCUCUCCUGGGCGUGGGAGGCUCUCCUGGCCUGUGGAGAUGCUCCCCUGGGUAUGAAGGGGCUCCCCUGGGUGUGGGGGGCUCUGCUGGGCGUGGAGUGGGCAUGGAGGGGCUCUCCUGGGUUUGAGGAGCUCUCCUGGGCAUGGAGAGGCUCCCCUGGGUGUGCAGAGGCUCCCCUGGGCAUGGAGGGGCUUCUCUGGGCAUGGAGGGGCUCUCCUGGGUUUGGAGGUCUCUCUUGGGCAUGGAGGGGCUCUCCUGGCCAUGGAGGGGCUCCCCUGGCUGUGGAGGGGCUCCCCUGGACAUGGAGGGGCUCUCCUGGGUGUGGGGGGCUCUGCUGGGCAUGGGGGGGUCUCUCUUGGCCCUGUGUCAGGUCCACCUCAGCAUGGGGGUCUCUCCUGCCCACUCCUGGGAUCUCUCCUGAGGUCUGUCCUGCCCAUUCCUGGGGGUCUCUCCUGCCCAUUCCUGGGGGUCUCUCCUGCCCAUUCCUGGGGUCUCUCCUGCCCAUUCCUGGGGUCUCUCCUGCCCAUUCCUGGGGGUCUCUCCUGCCCAUUCCUUGGUGUUUCCUGGCCAUUCCUGGGGGUCUCUCCUGCCCAUUCCUGGGGUCACUCCUGGGGUCUCUCCUGGCCACCCCAGCGAGGUGCCAGCAGUGUUAACGCAGGGAAGGGCAUGGCUUGGCUUCUCCCUGUUGUUUUCCAGCUUUUUUUUUUGUGGGGGGCAGAGGUGGGGAAGGAGCAAACAGAUCUUUCCAAGCUGGGAUUGCCCUCGGGUAACUCAAUUCUACCUCACAAACAAAGAAGUGCUCGGGGCUUUUUCCAGCCUGGAUCAGCUCCUGCGCUUCUGUCGAGUUUUGCUGUUACAAAACUAAAACUAAAAAAAAAACUAAAAAAACUAAACUAAGCUAGUGAUUUGCAAACCCUGGAAACUCACCCUGCUGUGAAGGGACACAGGGAAGGGACAGACACCCAGGAAGGGCCAUCUCAGAGAGAGCUCAGAGCACGCCAGGGUUUCUCUCUCCCAGCUCCACCGUGGCCUUGGGCAAGUCACUUCACCUCUUUUGCCUCAGUUUCCUCAUCUGUAAAAUGAGGGUGGUACCUCCCGUGGUACUGAGCUACCUCCAGGAGCAGGGGAGGGUGCCUGGAGCCUGGAUUUGGAGGGUGGGAAGGAGGUGCCAGAGCCAAAUUCAGCUCUGGGUUGCUGCAGCUCUUGAGUUUUGAGCUCCGGCCUCGCGGGCCUGGCGUCGCUGUGGGGCUGUGUUGAGGUUUUACAAGAGAAAUGGGGGAAUUUUGGGAGCGGUGUGGCGCCGUGGGCAGUGGUGGGGCUUUGCUGUGGGCGCCCCCGAGCUGCUCCCUGGGUUCCUGUCGUGGGAUUUUGGGGUGGGUGAGGCUGGGGGGGACCGUUGGGGGUCACCCAGACACCCCCUCAUGGCUGGGGACAAACUGGGGACAAACUGGGGACAGGGAUGGAUGGACACGACCUGCGCUGCUCUGGAGGUGGCUGUGGAGGCUGGGAGAGCCUUGAGACCCUCCUGGAACGUUCCAGAAGCCGUGCUGGGCUUCAGGGAGGGCCUGCUGAAAAAGCAGAAGCCUUUUUGUGCGCAUAAACCAAAAAGUGAAGAUUUUACACCCAAACAGGCACAGCCAGCCCUUGCUCCUGCCUGGAGGGGGAAAGCAGGAAUCCCCCAUUGCUGCUGGUUCUGAUCCAGGGAAUUUUUUGGGUUAAAAACAGAUCAUUCCCACCUGGAACACCCCAAAUCCAGGGAAUUUCUUGGGUUAAAAACAGAUCAUUCCCACCUGGAACACCCCAAAUCCAGGGAAUUUUUUGGGUUAAAAACAGAUCAUUCUGGUUUUGGGGAGGAAAGCAGGAAUUGCCCCAUUGCUGCUGGUUCUGAUCCAGGGAAUUUCUGUUUCUUUGGGUCCAAACAGAUCAUUGCCACCUGGAACACCCCAAAUCCAGGGAAUUUUUUUGGCUAAAAACAGAUCAUUCCCACCUGGAACACCCCAAAUCCAGGGAAUUUCUUGGGUUAAAAACAGAUCAUUCCCACCUGGAACACCCCAAAUCCAGGGAAUUUCUUGGGUUAAAACCAGAUCAUUCUGGUUUUGGUGGGGAAAGCAGGAAUCCCCCAUUGCUGCUGGUUCUGAUCCAGGGAAUUUCUGUUUUUUUGGGUUAUAAACAGAUCAUUGCCACCUGGAACACCCCAAAUCCAGGGAAUUUCUUGGGUUAAAGCCAGAUCAUUCUGUUUUUUGGGGGGAAAGCUGGAAUCCCCCAUUGCUGCUGGUUCUGAUCCAGGGAAUUUCUGGAUUU